AUGGACAGACUACCGGAGGAGAUUCUACUCCAUAUCUUUGGCUUCCUGGACUCAACGCCACCCUCGGAGCUAAAGGCACGACAAGAGCCCACUCUGCACCUCACAAGCUCUCCAGAGGCUCCUUUGAAGAGAGCCUGCUGCGUGUCGAAACUCUGGCGCAGGGUCGGUCUGCCGCUGCUCUUCUCGUGCACGCGGUUGCAGCUCGAGUGCGAUGUCCCACCUGGCGCGACCGGCUCGUGCUGGGUGUGCGGAUUGCCAGCCAACGAAGAGGGUCUGGAGUCUGAAGACGUCGAGAAACUUCACCGCGAGCUGGCCAAAACCGCUUGUGGGCCUCUCGUGAAAUGCGAGGAUCCCAUCGUUGAGUACCAAGUGCCAUACCGUCUGAUCACCUACAAGGAGUUGCACAAAACCAUAUCGCCAGAGCAGAUGAUGGCUAUAUGUGCGCUUAUGUUCUAUCAUCAGCUACUGGAUAUGCUUGCUUUCCUCGAGCGGGCAAACCUUGCGAAGGAGGUACAAAGUUUCGUGUUGCUACGAGGCAAGAUGCCAUCAGAGCAAAUGGACAGACUCUUCACUCAACUCAAAUCAGGGUGGCGCCAUCUCGGUGCAGCAAUGUUCUGGCGACAACUGUUCUCUGUGAUGGACCCAAACAGAGUCGCUAUAGUUGCGCCGCCGCGGGAUCUUGGUUUCUGGACCAAGACCGUGGUGAGCGCUCUACAUGAGUGGGCAUUCCCAGACAUGCACUUCCACUCGUUGGAGCUUCGAAGAGACACUGCCCGAAUUUCGUCUGUCGCCUCACAGUUGCCGCAAGACAACUCCGCGGGAUCAUCUCGUGCAGUAUUUCCCGCCGAUAUUGCCAAAGGCAUACUCACGAUCAAACCGUGGACACACCUCGCUUUGAACGAAGGCUCGUUCUUAAAGGCCUACGGAACCUACGAGUAUUUUGAACGGGGCCCGCCAACACUCAUCUAUUCCAUCACGGACCUGUUCGCACACCAUGCAGUCGUGUUGGGUUCAGUGCGUUCCUUCACGUACACUGGAAUAUUCCCAUUUGCCAACCACGCGAGAUUUACCAGGAUCUUGCCGCAUGUCGAAGAGCUCGACUGCCGCUUCGCUCCCGACCCAGACUCCGGCAUCUUGGACGACAAGGAUCGGGUUGGGAAAGCUGAAUUGCAGGACUGCUGGCAAGAGCUGUUUACAGCACAUCACGAGCUCUGCUCGUUACUGCAGACCGGUCGCCUGGAGUACCCCCGUUUGAAGAAGUUCGUCUGUGGAGAUGCACGCAUUACUGGCAUCCAGGCAGAGCUGGAGCAUCUGUUCACGCCCUUGUGUCUGCCGGAAUGGGCAGAGAUGGAGCCUGGUGUGUUCCACAGACUUAUCAGUCCUCCCAGUCUGAGCCCUGAACAGUGA